UGCCGAGAUCGCCUAAAAGUAGAACGCGGUAAACGUUAAAGAUACAUAUGUAAAAAUCAGUUGUGGUUGGAUAUAGUUCUAACUUAUAAAACUUUCCUCAAAUUUUACAACUAUAAGGUAUGACAUGAACAUUCAUGAAAUUUUAAGAGCUUGACGAAGAUUCACAAUAGAUGUUUCCAAAUCAAGUGACCUCAAGGGAACUAUGUCAUAAUAAUCCAGUAAAACACUUUCUUGGGUCUCGUUUUGAAGUAACAGAUUCUGCUUUUAACUCAAACCAAAGCGGAUCCCAAGCUCUCAGUCUCAGCCAACUGGAAUUUUCUCAACUUCCAAACUCACAGGAACUCUUUUCACAAGCACAACAUUCAAGCAGUGGUCAAGGCCAGGAUUCUCCUGGUCGUAAGUUCUACCAAAAAUAUGUGUCACAAGGACCGUUGUUUAAUAAACAACAAUCUGUCAACUGUGGUCGGCCAUCAGCAAACUUUGUUAGAGAUUUAGACAUUACCGAAUUACGGAAAAUAACAAAGGAGAAAGAAGAAAGGGACUUACUGACUACACUGCUACACUCUGUUAAGGAAUGCUACACCAAAACCUCGGAGGUUCUCGGAGUACUCAAGGAUGUCUCUCAUAAAGAGGAGCAACAGUCUUUGAAUCACAAUAAGGAAUGCCUCGCUGAAAUAAAAAAUUCGGUUUCUGCAGUUUGUGAAGAUCUGCUCUCAGCUCUUCGUUGCAAGGACAAGGAAAGUGUUGAACAUGAAGAACUUGUUAAACAACUUGUCAAGAAUGAACAGUCCCAACAGAAGAUAGAGAAAGAGGUUUGUGAACUAAAACAGCAACUAGAGGUUACUGCAGUAGAAUUAAAACAACAACAAGAAGAGAUUAUUACAACAUUGAAAGAAAUAUGUACCAGACUGGAAGAAAUUACUACAACAAAACUGGACACUUUGCAGAAAGAACAAACAGCUUUGUUGGUAAAGAUGAAGGAUGACAUCAUAGAGCAAACAGGCUCUGCCAUCACUUGUCACCUGCAAAAGCAGGGAGAAAUUGGAAUAUCUAUCCAGUCAGCUAUAGAACAGACCUCUAAUAAUACUGAAAAACUAUUUCAAGUAAUACAAAAAAGACUAUCAGAAGAGAAACAAGCUCAAAAGACAUACUUUCAUGAUCAGCAAGACAUACUCCAACAAUUCUUGGAACACAUCAGCAACAAAGCACUGCAUAAAGAGACAGACACAAUCUUGAAAACUCAUUUGGAUGAAAUGAAAGCCCUGUUACUUAAUUAUUUUAACUCAUCUCGCUUCAGUAAUAGACCAACAUCAGGCAGAGUCACCAUCAUAGGCUCAGACUCUGAGAGGUCAUUAGCAGGUGAUGUCCAAGUUUCUGAUAAUGUCAAAUCAGCUAUGUGUGGGGACAGACCUAAGGUCACUAACUACAGAACUAUAGAGGAGGGAAGUACUAAAAGCUCUGAUUAUAACAGAUUGGAAGUAAAUCAGGACAUGGUCAUAAACUCUGACUACAGAACACUGACUACAGAUGAUGAAAGAAACAAGAGCUCUCACUAUAACAGAUUUGAAGCAGAUCAGGAUAGUAUUUUAAGCUAUAAGUCCGGAAAUAUAGCAGAAGAUAAAGGAAGAUCAACAGACUCUGGUUACAGUAGAUCAAUGGUUAAUGUAAGUAGAGUUAUAGACUCUGAGUAUAAAGGACGAGCAAUAAAUAUAAACAGUAUCAUAGGUUUUGAAUGCAGAAGACCAUCAGUAGACUGGGAAAGCAUUAUAUGUCCUGACUAUAGCAGACCACCAGCAAAUAUGGACAAUAUUAUAGGCCAUGACUACAGUCCCCAAGCAACACACAGGAGCUAUAGCAGAACACAAGCAGAUAGAAACAAUAUACAAGUUGACAAUAGAAACCGAACUACUUACUCUGACAGAAGUGAAGCUGCUGGUGAAGAAAGGAUCAUAGGUUCUGGAAUAAGACAAACAGAUGAAAACAGAAGACAAGUAGUAUAUGAAGACACUGUUGUAGGCUCUGGCAGAAGAAAAACAGCAGAUAGUGACAGAGUCAUAGAGUUUGAGAGAAGACAAGUAAUAGAUGAAGAUAAGUUUUUAGACUCUGACAGAAGAUAUGCACCAGACUGGCAUUGUAUGAGACGACCCGACUCAGCUACAAGUUUCCACACACCUAGGAUUUUGCAAGACCAUUCUGUGCAGCAAACAAUCUCCCUAAUCUCUCCAUUAUCCCACCAGAAUUCAAAAAAAUUGUGGACUAAUCCAUCUCCAGUGGCUACAGUGUUACCAUACCCCCGAGUACCCAACUAUAACCCAACACCCAGCCACAGUAAAGAUGUUAACAAUCUAACAAAAGUUACAACACCUAAAUCAGCUUCUAAUGAGAAACAUCCUAUGAAUAUACAAGAUGAAGGAAUCCACACAAGAACACGGAGAAAACUAGCUCAAGAAAAUGAUAAUGAUAAGCAUUCUAUUAAGCAAAACAGAAAAAGAGGGAGAAAAACAAUUGGCCAGAUCAUUAAAAACAUAAAAAUGUCAGACAAUGAAACUUUUAAAAUUAAAAGAGCAAUGUCUGCUGAGAAACCCCAAAAAUUACUAUCACAUGUAUUUGGGAAAGAAAUAUCUAUCAGCCCUAAAAGUAAAUUUACCAGUCCUCCCUCUAUAACAGAGAAAACUACAAUAUCACCCGGAAGCAAAUACAAGAUCUUUAGAUCCCGAAAUCACAAAACGGUCCUUAACAGAUCAGCUCAACAUUUUGACCCUUUGAAGGCAUCACUAAACUGUGGAAAUAACAGAUGCGAGGCAUUACAUAAUUCCCUGGUUAUUUCACGCAAAACUCCAAACGGUACAAUCCGAACACCCACAAUGUUGGAUACAUCAUGCUUCAAAGAUUUCCUGUGCCAACUUCAGUCACAUACUGAUUCUAGCAGAGACAAUGAAUCUCAUAUAUCAGUCAACAGUGAAGUGACAAAGCAGCCUAGCUGUGAUUCUUCUCCAUGUCUCUCCAUUAAAGACAUUCCAAUAUUGUUUAUAAAAAGUGAGAAGUAUGCUCCUUUAGAAAAUGAAGCCAAUUCUUCUCCAGAAGAAAUUAGUGAUUCAUCUUCUAUUGUAAGUAUACAUAUAUUCUGAACUAGUGUUUACACAUCAAUAUUAAUAUGCUCCUAGUUGUCCAUAUAAGUAUAUGUAACAUCUGGCUAUUACAACAACUAUUUCUUAUUGGAUGAAUAAAAAACCAGAUGGCAGCAAAAAGAUUCAGUUAAAACAGUAGAUUAUGCUAGAAUGAAGCUUUGAUUGAACUUGUAUUUAACAUACAUUGAUAUUUAUAUGUUUAGUAAGAUGUACUUUUCUUUACAGCAAGAAAUAUGGAUGUAAAAAAAGGGGGGAAGAAUGCAGAUUUCUUGUGCAAGCAUCUUUUUAUUCAUUUUAUUUUACAGAAUUAUAUGGUCAUUCAAAUAUCCGUUUCAUUCAGACUUGCUUUUAUUCAAAUAAUAAAAAUAGCUUUGGUAUUAUUAUUAUACUUUGGUUUCAGUUAAUUUAUUUACAGAAUGGCACAAAACAAAGUAAAAACUUCUCCAACAGUGUUAAUGUAUUAUAAGAAACUAGAAAAAGUUUCAAAAAUAAAACCACAAAUACAAAAUAUAGUAGAAAAAAAAAUGUACUAGAUCAGCAGUUCUCAAAAUUUAUUAACUUGAGGAUCCAUGUUAGUUAAAAAAAAUUUUGUGGACCCAAAACCUAUUGAUGUUUUUUGUUUAAAAAAUUCUGUGUAU